GUUCCAUCGCGUUCUCGUUUUUAUUAUCGUGCGAAAACCAGCCAGUGUUUGAAAAAUUAAAUAUCGAAUUUGUGAAGUGCCAGUGUUUUUGGUUAUCUGUGGACUGUGAUUGUCAUUUUUUCCCGCGCGCGCCACCAUGACCUAGCCAUGCGUCUGCUCUUGCUCCUAGCGCUGGCGUGCGCGCGCGUGCACGCGUGUCCCUGGGCGUGCGGCUGCCGGCCCGCCGCCGCCGACUGCGCGCACCGCUCGCUUCUGCACGUGCCGAAGAAGCUGCCUACAGACGCGCACAGACUAGAUCUCCAAGGAAACAACAUCUCUAUUAUCUUCCAGAGCGACUUUCAGAACUUGAAGGAUUUGAAAACUCUGCAAUUAUCCGAAAACCAAAUCCACACAAUCGAGCGAGAUGCGUUUCUGGAGCUCACCGCAUUGGAGAGGCUGAAAUUGAACAAUAAUCGUCUGGGCCACUUGCCAGAAGGUCUUUUUAUGAGAUUGAGGCAUCUCCAGAGAUUAGACCUAAGCCGUAACGAGCUGACGGCGAUCAGUCGACGAACCUUCCGCGGUCUCUCGGCAUUGAAGAGUCUACAUCUUGACGGAAACCAGCUCAAAUGCAUUGACGAAAAAGCGUUGGAAAACUUGAAAAGUCUAGAAGUAUUAACCCUAAACAACAACAACUUGACCUACCUCUCAUUGGAGCCGGCAGCUGUCGCGCGACUACACACAUUGCGAUUGACGGACAACCCAGUCGUGUGCGAUUGUCGUGUCGCACGAUUGGCUAGCGCUGUGAAGAGUACUGGCAUUUUGGGAGUUGGCGCAAGAUGUCAAGCCCCUGCCACCUUAAGAGGAGCUCUUCUGACGGAUUUGGAGGCGCACGAAUUAAUAUGCAGUGGACCAACAACAGCAAUUCCAGGAGAAUGUUCAGCGGAGCCCCGCUGCCCUCCCCCCUGCCGAUGCACCCCCGAGGGCACCGUUGACUGCAGAGAGAAACUGCUGUCGGAACUGCCUUCUACCAUCCCUCAUAGAGCUACUGAGAUCCGCCUAGAACAGAACGAGAUAACGGAGGUGGGCGCAGGCGCAUUUUCGGCGGUGAAGCGAAUCGCGCGCAUCGAUCUGAGCAACAAUAAGAUCACGAAGUUAGCUGCAGAUGCGUUCACUGGGCUGACGCACCUAACUUCACUGGUCUUAUACGGAAAUAAAAUCAAGGAGCUACCUACGGGCAUAUUCCACGGAUUAUCUUCUUUACAGCUGCUAUUAUUGAAUUCGAACGAAAUAACCUGCGUACGAAAAGACACCUUUCGAGAUUUGCAGAACUUGAAAUUAUUAUCGUUGUAUGAUAAUAACAUCAGGUCUCUUCCCAAUGGCACGUUUGCUGCGUUGACCGGCAUCCAAACAUUGCAUUUAGGUCGCAAUCCGUUCGCCUGCGACUGCUCCCUACGCUGGCUCGCCGCGUACCUGCGGAAAAACCCUAGCCUUGAGACAUCUGGAGCCAAAUGUGACUCUCCGAAGCGGAUGGCUCGGAAACGUAUAGACGCACUCAGGGAGGACAACUUUAAAUGCAAACCUGGUGAAGAGACAGCGAACGCCUGCACGGACGCCGCAGCUUGCCCGUCGGCGUGUUCUUGCGAGUACGCCGCGCGCGCCGUGAGCGUGGCGUGUGCACGCCAGGGACUUGUUGAAGUACCGAGGGAUCUGCCACUCAACACUGAUGCCCUGUUGAUGCCAGACAACAGUCUAGGACAGAUUAAAUCGGACGGACUAUUCGGUCGGCUCCCAGAUCUUAUAAAACUGGAUUUUAGGAACAAUGGUAUCACAGUUAUUGAAGACAACGCGUUCGACGGUGCUGCCAACAUUCAGGAGUUGCUGCUUGAUGGAAACAUGCUGCAAACGGUUACUGACAAGAUGUUCUUCGGACUGCACAGUUUGGGGACUCUAUCUCUCACAGACAACAAGAUCAGAUGCAUCACUCCUGCCGCCUUUGACCACCUCACCAUGCUUUCUACGCUAAACUUAGAGAGCAAUCCACUAGAGUGCAACUGCCACACAGCGUGGCUGGCGGGCUGGUUGCGAGUGCGCCGCCUGGCCCCGGGUGCCACAUGCGCGGCGCCGCCGCAGCUACGACAAGCGCAGUUACACGCGCUCGACCAGGCGGACUUCAAGUGCGAGCCGGAAGACAAAGGCUGUCUAGCAGCUGAUUAUUGCCCGGCGCAGUGUUCUUGCACCGGCACCGUCGUGAGAUGCUCGCGAGCGCAGCUGACUUCCUUGCCCAGUAAUAUCCCAAGACAGACCACUGAAUUAUACCUAGAAUCCAACGAUAUCACCAGCAUCUCACCGGAACAAAUCCAACAUCUAACCCAGCUCACCCGCCUGGAUUUAUCCAACAACAAGAUUGGAGUACUCGCCAACAACACUUUCCAGGGACUCACGAAACUGUCUACGCUUAUUGUUAGCUACAAUAAGCUACGAUGUGUUCAGCGGGACGCCCUCAAAGGUCUGACGCAGCUCCGUGUUCUGUCUCUCCACGGGAAUAAUAUUUCAAUGCUCGCCGACGGAGUCUUCAGAGACUUGGAAUCUAUAUCACACGUCGCCCUCGGUUCCAACCCUCUUUACUGCGACUGCUCGACUCGUUGGCUCUCCGAAUGGGCUAAGAACGCCGGCGAAUACGUCGAGCCCGGCAUAGCUCGCUGCGCCGACCCGCCCGCCAUGAGAGACAAACUCAUACUGAGCACGCAAACUUCAGCGUUCGUGUGCAAAGGCAAGCCCCCAUCCGACAUCGUGUCAAAAUGCGACCGCUGCUACAACAAUCCGUGCCGCAAUGGCGGCGCAUGCUCCGCAACGGCCUCUGGCGGUUUCAAGUGUUUAUGUGCAAGAGGUUUCCACGGUGCUACCUGUGACGCGCAGAUAGAUGCGUGCUAUGGCGAGCCGUGCGCGAAUGGUGUUUGUCAGCUGCUUGAAGAAGGGCGGUUCCAUUGCUCCUGCCAGCCUGGUUACACCGGCGUGCGUUGUGAAGUCAACAUAGACGACUGCGCGACACACCGCUGCCAGAACAACGCGACUUGCAUCGAUCAGCUUGAAGGGUACUCGUGCCAAUGCGCCCCUGGAUAUAUGGGCGACUUCUGCGAGAAGAAAAUCCCCUUCUGCACAUCAGAGUUUAACCCCUGCGCUAACGGGGCGACUUGCACCGAUCACGGCAGCCAUUAUUCCUGUAUUUGCCCCCGAGGAUAUUCGGGACAGAACUGCACUACCAACGCUGAUGACUGCGUCAAUCAUAUGUGCCAGAAUGGCGCCACUUGCGUCGACGGUCUCGACGAGUAUAAAUGUGUGUGCUCCGCUGGUUACGCCGGUCGUUACUGCGAAGCCGCCCCACACGCCGCUCUCGGAACUUCACCUUGCGCCCAUCAUGAUUGUGUGCACGGAGUUUGCUAUCUGCCCACUGCCGCACUGGCGUUGCAGGACGACAUUAUGAUGGAGCGCAUGCACAAUGCGCCGGGCGACUACCUCUGCAAGUGCGCGCCCGGCUACUCUGGCCGCCUCUGCGAGUACCUCACAUCGCUUACAUUCAACCACAACGACUCGCUGGUCGAGCUUGAACCACUGCGCACGACGCCGCAAGCCAAUGUUACCCUCGUUUUCAGCACAACUCAGCACCACGGCGUGUUAAUGUACUUCGGUGACAACGAACAUCUCGCUGUCGAGUUGUUCAACGGUCGCAUACGCAUCAGCUACGAUGUUGGCAACCAUCCUACUUCUACCAUGUACAGUUUCGAAAUGGUGUCAGACGGCGCGUACCACAAGGCGGAAUUGGUUGCAGUCAAAAAGAACUUCACUUUGCGAGUCGACGACGGACCAGCUCGCUCCAUCAUCAACGAAGGCAACAAGGAAUACCUUCGCCUCGAGCGGCCCAUGUAUAUCGGCGGCGUGCCGGAAGAUGUCGCUAGGGACGCCUUUAGCAAGUGGCAUCUCCGGAACAUCACCAGCUUUAAGGGAUGCGUGAAAGAAGCCUGGAUCAACCACAAACGGGUGGACUUCGUGAACGCUGCCCGCAUGUCGCGCACCGCAGCGGGGUGCGGGGAGGACGAACCUGCACCACAAGCCCCUCCUUCUGUACUACAGGAUCCUCAUCACUCCCCGGAUCCUUGCGUCCCGAACCCUUGCGCGCGAGGCGGUCGCUGUGUGCGUGAGGACGGUCCAUCUGACUACUCUUGCCGCUGCCGCGCGGGCACCGCCGGCGCGCAGUGUGAACUACGGACAUCUAUCGGUGGCACUCCUGUAAUCACACAGAAGGUACCACAGCGUAAGAUGUCUAUCAACAACGUCCAGGCUUCACCAGCUGCCCCGUCUCACAAACAAGCCGACCAUACACCCGCCGCCGCACCGAAUGGAGCAUGUCGAAAGGAAGCGACCCGCGAAUACAUAGUGGAGGGCAGCUGCCGCAGCCGCCGCGCCGUCCGCUCCGCGCGCUGCGCUGGCACUAGGAACGGCUGCGGCAAGCAGCACUGCUGCGCGCCGCGCAAGACUAAGAAGAGGAAGAUCCGCCUGGUCUGUCCCGAUGGCACACGCAUGAGUAAGGACAUCGAGAUCGUGCGCAAAUGCGCGUGCGGCAAGAAAUGCACUAGAACCACCCCUUUCCACUAAGACUGUAGUAAGCACAAAAGGCCCGGGCAUUUUGGUGGCAGGAAUGUCAAAUGUGCACAAGUUCACAAACUGCUGACAUCUUUCUCUUUUGCUCCAAUUAAGACUUAAUUCGUGUGACAGGGAACGGUUAAAUAUUCGAGAAGUACGCAAGAACCACAACUUUCUACUAAGACUGCAGCUUAGGCCCGGGCAUUUUGGUGGCAGGAAUGUCACGUCCGCUAAAAUUCACAAGCAUCUAUCUCUGUUACUCCAAUUGAGACGUCAUUAGAAUGACAGAGAACGAUGCCAUUCUACAAGUUCGCAUGACCCGACCCUUUCCACUAAAUACAGUAGCUUAGACCCGGGUAUUUUGGUGGCAGGAAUGUCGCAGACAUCUUUUUUUAUUCCGACUGGAACGUCAUUAGAGUGACAGAGAAAGGUGGUUGCAAGGGCUUGAUAUUUUAUUUCUAAACUGAUGAUUACACAGCACAGAAACCUUUUUAGUUUGUAACUAUCACUGCCUGAUUUUUUGUAGAAAAACUUUAAAUCUCCUAAAAUAGUAGUUUUUUUCUAAACUGGCAAUAUUUAUGACAGAACUGAAGCAACGCGCCAACUGACAAUAAUUUUGAGCGUGAAUCUAAAGCUGUACCAGACUGGCAUACCGGACCGCGGUCUUGAAUCGGGAAGCAUAUUUCUUUCUCGUUCUUACUAGUAAUUGUGUCCUACUGGCUACUGGGCCUAUGACAUAAGACCUUCCUUACCACCGGACAGGCCUCAGACCAGACCCAGAUUUCGGUCCGGUACGACCGUCUGUUACAGCUAUUUUAUAGCGAUAGGUCACGGGUAGACUUGAUGAAAUAACGAAUUUACCAAAUGUACAUGUACGAACGUAGUGGCGGCCUAAAAACGUAAAAUGUAAAGGUUUUCAAAUAUAGUAAACAUUUAGAGUUAUCUUAAGAAGUACCAUUUUCAAAUUAGUAAAUAUUUUUCUUUGUAAAAGCACAUAAAUAAAACCUUUCUCAAAAUCUCUAAAGCAGUUACCUACAUUUUCAUAAAAAAUAAAAAUAAAUCUUGAAAAAAAAGGAAGAAUUAAAAUUAAUUGCAAUAAAUGUAAAUGAAGAUAUCUACAGAUUUGAAGAUGGUAUUAACAAUAUUGGUAAUAAGAACAUAACCUCACUUUUUAUAAAAUAUUUAUUAGGUACAGCAUGUAGGUUUAAAAUAUUCACCACGGUAUUUUAUCACACUAGACUAAAAUUGUACUACCACAAGGGUAUCUGACAUUUUUAUUACGAUUAAUAUACAACCAUUAAAAAAAAACUUUGUUCAUAAAUAAAAAUAACAAUGAAGUUUAAUUAUGUGUUCAUUUAAUGUAAUUAUAAUUAAUAUUUAUUAUUUUAAAAGUUGUUUAGUAUUCUGUAGUUUUAAGUUAGUUAAUAAUAUUUAGCUUUAAUUAAAUCAUGGAUCAGUUUAAAACAGAAAUAUAUCAAAAAUAUUAAGUCUUGCCAGCUCUCUUUAAAGAUUGCCAUAAUUUCUUAUAUUCUACUUAAAAAUCAUUGUUUGGCCUAUUCAAUUAGGCUUUAAAAUAAGUAUUUGUAUCACAAAUUUAAGAUAUAAUAAGCCAUGAUAAAGUAGUCAUAGUUAUUAAUAGAAAUGUACUCAUAUCCGUUUCUGACUGAAGUUCUUUUGUAAAGUAAAAAUAUAUAAAAUAUUUAUUGCCAUUUUGUUGCUAAAGUAGGCUUAUUAAUUGUAAAUUUAUUAGACGUUAAGAGUAUGUAAAUCUUACUGUUUAGUGUAACGUGUAUUGCAUUCCUUAUUUAUUUCUACCAUUUUGGUAGUUUCCUUUUUCAUAUGGUAUCUCUGGAGAUAAAACUACCAACCGUUAGGUUAUACAAGCGCUUAAAAUCUGUAAUAUGUUUAUUGUCUGUUUCUUAACAGUAAAACAAGAACUGUUAAAUCUUCACACAACGCAUUUAACGACCUAAAAUAUUUUACAUCAGUAUUAAAAACUAACAGCCAAUAGAAAAAUCUGUCAAAACCAUCCGUCAAUGUUGCUAUUCAAGAUAUUCUUGCCAUGUAUUAUUUUUCAAAAAUACCACAUAUUGGAUAACCUAUAGUCAAUCGACAACUUUGUCAGCGGAAAAAGGUGUAAAAUCCAAAUGUAUGUGCAAAUGAAAAUAUAAUAUUAAAUCACAUUGUUUACAAUAAAGGUUUUGUUGUGGAUACACAGGUUUUGAUGGAUUUCUCUAUUUUAGUUUAAGUAGAUGUUAAGUGUUUUAAUUUGUAGUUCGAUGUGAUGCUUAUAACACUCAUCUCUAUACUAUUUUUUAUAAACCAAUCAUUUCCUUUGGUUAAUCUAUCGGUAAAACACAAGUCUAUCAACAGGGUGACAUGAAUUACUUUAUAGAAAAUAAAUAAGGGCGCCAUUUUGUGACCUGUCACAUUUUUGAUGUAAAAUGUUUACAUGGCAACAUUUUGUAUGGAAUAUGUUAGUUCCACAUUAUUUCUAUUGCAUUGUGGAUUUCUCUAAAUAUCGGUCGAUUUAGAUUUUGACUUUGAAUAAAAUAUACUUCUUAUCUUUUAAACCACAUAGUUAAUUUUUUUUAUAGAAUAAGGGUAGUUUGGAGAUGAGUGGCUUAUAUCGAGUGAUGACGUCAUCGUCGCAUGCGCUUUUUAAUAAUUAAAAUAUAAUAAUUAUUGUCUAUGAACUUUAUAAUUUAUUUGAUGUAAUAAAAGAGGAUGUUAGAUAUAU